AUGGGGCUUAUGCUAGUUCUGUUUGUCCUAACUACGCGGUUCACCCGAGAUGCAUGUGCGACUAGAAAGGAUGUAUGGGAUGGUAUAGAGCUCGAAGGGAUACCAGAGGAUACUGAAUAUAUUGCACCAUUCAAGGUGGUGGGUGAUAACUUGAUAAUUCACCGUUUCCAUGGCGACCAUGCUUUAAGGCUACAAGAGGAAAAUACCCUUCACAGCGAGCAUGCACGUUCCAGUUGGAUUAGAUCCGAUCUACAGUUGCGACAUCUAAUGUCGUUACAUUCUUCAUGA